GAAAGUGGCGGAGAGUGUCUCUCUCAUGAAGCUCUGUUUUUGAUCAAAAACCUACAUUUUGAUCAAAUUUGUUCAAUUUUCUCUACGUGUUCGGAAAAUUUUGUAACCGUGUUACAAGCAGCCACUUCAUCUCUCUGCGUCACUUCGCCUGUUGAAAUUAGUUAAGAAUUAUAUAGGUUACCACUUCAUCAUGAAUUUCACCUGUUUUUCUGGUCUGGGCCAUGGGCCCGCACGCCACGCACCGUUGUAAGGACUGCCUCAGCGGGCGCAUCAUGUCCGGCGGGCAGGCAGGCCGCUCCUCGUCCAGCUCCGGCUUCCCCGGCUUCGGCGACGACAUGGCCGACAUGGCCCAGCUGCACAACGGCGGCCCCGACGGCCCCCAGGCGCCCGGCGGCGGCGGCCCGAGCGGCCCGGGCAGGGAAGUCCCCUUCAAGCGUGCCAAGCGCUGCAAGCCGUACGAAAGGCCCUCGUCUGUCUCUAGGAACGCAGCCCUCGACCGCGAGCGACAAGUCAUGUCUAUGCCAUGGUUUGGAAUGGAUAUUGGUGGCACCCUAGCAAAGUUGGUCUACUUUGAACCCAAAGACAUCACACCUGAUGAAGCAAACUCAGAAAUUGAAACUCUAAAAAACAUUAGAAGGUACUUAACUAAAAACUCCGCCUAUGGCAAAACAGGUCACAGAGACAUGCACUUGCAGAUGGACAAUGUUGAGGUGAGAGGAAGGAAAGGCACACUUCAUUUUAUACGUUUCCCAACAAGUGAAAUGGGUAAUUUCUUGGAACUUGCCAAAUCAAAGGGCAUGGCUACUCUCGUAACUACAGUGUGUGCUACUGGAGGUGGCGCGUUCAAGUUUGAAGACUCAUUUCAGAGGGAAGUCAACAUGAAACUCAUGAAAUUUGAUGAAUUGGAUUCCCUUAUAAGAGGUAUACUGUACAUUGAAACAAAUAACCCCACCGAGUGCUACUAUUUUGCUGAUCCGACAUCAGAUGACCACUGUCAAAAAGUUCCCUAUGAUCUAUCGAACCCUUAUCCUUUCUUGCUUGUCAACAUUGGAUCUGGCGUAAGUGUGUUGGCUGUGCACGGACCAAAUAAAUACAAAAGAAUAACUGGAACAAGCCUUGGCGGUGGUACCUUCCUUGGUUUAUGCUGCCUUCUUACUGGAUGCAAUACUUUUGAGGAAGCCAUUGAGUUAGCUACUGGAGGUGAUAACACAAAAGUGGACAAACUUGUGCGAGAUAUUUAUGGAGGCGACUACGGAAAAAUGGGUUUGCCUGGAGAUCUUGUUGCAAGCAGUUUUAUGGGUAUGUGCAGCUUUGGCCAGAUGAAUACCAAGGAAAGACGUGCCAAUGUAUCUCGAGAGGACCUCGCCAGGGCGACUCUAGUCACCAUCACCAACAACAUUGGUUCAAUAGCAAGAAUGUGUGCGUCCAAUGAAAAGAUUCACAAUGUGGUCUUUGUCGGUAACUUUUUACGAGUAAACCCUAUCUCCCUAAAGCUCUUGGCUCAUGCAAUGGAGUACUGGUCCAAUGGAACCCUAAAAGCCCUGUUCCUUGAACAUGAGGGCUACUUUGGUGCAGUUGGAUGUUUACUUGGCUUCAAUGGCUUCCUCAGCUGAAGUUGCCCAAGUGUUCCCUGGCUUCAUACCUAAGCACAUUCCUCAUUUUGUGUACCUGCCUUCUGUGGAUUUCAAGAAAGUGAAUUCGAGUUCCUCUUGUCCUCUCUUGAGAACAGGGAAGCAUGGGUUGUAUUGCUUUUGUCAUGAAGCAGGAGACAGGGAUAUCUCUCUUCUGCAAUGCAGUUGAUAAUUAAAUUAUUUCAUUAUUAUUAUUAAAAGAAGUGCUUUGUGUGUUUUACAAAUUAAGGUUGGGCACAAAUUUGGUUACAUUUUCAGUUUCUUUCAUUUUCUUAUCUUUCAACUGAUUGGUAUCAAAACAAAUUUAAACCGGAUGAGAAUACAUAGCGUGGUUCUUCACAUUUGCACCUUCGAAUUAAAGAGAAUAUAUGUCAAUGUUCUCCACUCCCUCGAUUGUAGUUGUCCUGAUCAGCGAUUCCACCAGGAACUAGAUGAAUUUCCAUUAUAGAUCUCUCAACUGCCCUGCAUUCUUGUCAACUCCUCCAUUUUUUUUCUGCCCCUCGACCUUAUUUAUAAUAGUCCUUUUGUCAUUGUUUUUGAGCACUUCUUGUAAAAAUGUCAGUUUUGAUUUAUUCAUUGGGAGAAAAGCAAAUAAUUUCGUUCUUAAGUGAGGUAAUUUUAUGUUAGUGCAAAUGGACUCUGUGCCAUUACAUUGCUCUAAGUUUCUUUUAUUUUUGCUUGUUUUUGGUUGGUUUGCCAUGUCACAUGUGUGGAUAUUAUCACUGUAAAUUAAAUUGUAUAAAGUGUAAAUUUGGUACAGUUCGUUUAUGUCUUGUAAGGAGUUUGGAUUGAAAGAGUUUGUAAUUUCUGAGGACUUAACAAAUAGAUGAACUUAUGUAUAAGUUUCUUUAAAGCUGUUACCUGUUACAAAUUUUAAUUAUGACUAUGUUUCCUCUCUCCUACAAUGUUAAAAGUUGAUUUAAUUCUGACUGGAUGUGAGUAGUUCUGAAGCUACCCCUUCAGCCAAAAGCAUUGCAAUGUGUGUAACUUUGAUUGUGAUCAGUACCAGUAUUUUAAUCUUGUUUGGCACAAAAUAGAGCAUUUUUAAGUGUUUGUUAAAAGUCAGUAACAUGUGUAUUUGUUCCCUUUGUACUUACUUUGAUCAGGUACAUAGGGCAGAGUAGAUUACAGUUCUGGACAUCAUCAAACACGGUUUGCUUGUGUGGUCAUCUUGAAAACCUUUCUUUCCCUCCAGAAGUCUUCUUAGAAUGUUUCUUCUCUGCACAAUAUUUUGCCACUCUUGAGUCAAAGGUUAGGGUUUUUAUUUCAGCUCAAAAGAUUUUUUUACUUCUUGCUGGCAAGAGGUUUAAUUUAUGACUUGAAAGCUGAAAGACUGACUAUAAUUUUAUAGGUAAAAUAGGAGAGAUGCUCUUUAAAGUUGAUAGUUGAAAUUGUGUGAUUAAACUAAAAAAGAAAGGAUUAAGAUGAUUACCAAUUCAAGUGAUCUUUCAUUCCCAAAUCGUCCAAUAGUUUUGCCUCAAAAUAUAAUAACUUGUUUAUCUCAUAGUAAGGGAAGAAUGUUCAGACAUGCAGGUUGAAAUCGGUUGUCUUUUAAAUGUGACAUUAUUGAAUGUGUCUUAUGUUAUAUACUUCUAAACAAAAUGGGUCGUAAUAUUGUUAAUAUUAUGAAUGUGGUUUCAAAUGUUCAUUGCAGCUUGUAUUCUUUUGCAGGCUCUGUACCAAAGUUCUCUAUCAAAGGUCAUAUUGCUGGCCAGAUGGUGUUUGGAAUAUGCUUUACUUUAGUGAAUAUUUCUAUAUAGGAAACUAUAUGUUGUGAAGUGGAGGAUGUUGAAUUUUCUUGUCACCGAGACCAAAUCAUGGCUACCCAUCUAUUUCUAGAUUUCUUUGUCAAACAAUGUAACUUUGAUUGAUUCCACUGUCUUGAGUGCCAUGUAGCUGUUGAAUUUACUUGAUGAGAAGAACAAAGGACCCUGUGCAUGUGCACAAUGUAGUUAUUAUAAUGAUGUGUAUAUUGUUAGAAAGUUAGAAAUGUGCUUAGAAACUUCAUCAUGGUCAGACCUUAUCAUCUUAGCCUAAUUUUAUUUACACAGGAGUCUGUUGAACCCUAAAACAUAUCGAAAAUGUUUGUCAUGUUUUAAGCUGUGAUUCUUGAGCUCUGUAUUGGAGUGCCCAGUUGAUGUUGCCGACCUUUUUGUUUAUUCCAAUUUUGUCUGUUAUUCAUGAGACUGUAGAAAGUGCUAUAAAAUAUUUUUAUUAUUUCAUAUUUUUGUUUCAUUCUCAAUGGGACCUUGUAAUUGACCGGGAUUUUUUUUUUGUAAUUAUUAGUACUGUCUGAUUCAAGUGGCUACUAGAUAGAGUUGCAUUUCUUAGGAAAUAUUAAUUUUAUCAGAGCAUUCUCACUGUUGUUACUUUCAUUGCUCAUAUACAAUCCAUUUGCCAUAACUGAGAUCAAACCUGGCCCUGGCAAGGAUCAGAAUUUGGCUGGUAUUUUAUUCUGGCCUUCUCAUCUUUUACCAGUCAAUAUACCAUUUGGAAAAGAGUACAGUUUUUUGAUUGGUGCUGUAAGUCUGGUGUGUAACUGAUUAUUGCAUCAAUGGCUUUUUGAAGUUGUAUUUAUUUAUUGUUUUGUAAAGCUUAAGCCUAAGAUCAAGCAGUUGCCUACAUACCUAAUUUUUAUGAGGUAAACAUUAAGUGCAAUACUUAUGUGAUUAUUCAUGUCUAACCCUGAUAUGGGUUAAAGGAAAAGCUACUUUCCUUCUUUUAUCUUGUGCUGUAUAUUGCAUUGGAAAAAAAACUUUGUUAUCCCAUGUGUUGGGUUUUUAAUAUAGUUGUUGUUAUUGUCCAGGUGUGAGAAGGACAAAGCUAUUUUACAAUAAACCACAAUAUUCCAAUUUG